GUAAACAAACAAGGCCGUACGGUGUCGGAGUCGGUGAACUGUCAAGUCAACGAUGGCAGAUACCGACAGUGGCCUACACAUAACCCAUCUAGCUGAGGAGAUUGUUUUAAAGAUUUUGGGCUAUUUGGCCGUUGAGGAUUUGUUUCGUAUAUCGCUCACGUGUAGUUUUUUCAGCAGAUUAGUUUGCGACAGAGAAGUAGUGAGGGAACUAGAUUUCAGUAAAGCUUAUACAUAUACAACAGAAGAUCUCAAGGCAUUCCUGGUUCCUCGAAAAAGAUGCCUUCACAUUUCCACUUUGAAUUUAUCCAAUUGUUAUUGGAUAAAAGCUUCCAAUUUCAUUGUGAAGUUGAAGAAUCUUCAGUCCCUGCAGAUGAAUGCAGUUCCCCUGACAUUUGUACAGUUUGAAGCAAUACUGAAAGCAUGCCCUAAGAUUGAAGACUUGUCUAUCUGUUGGCCUGAAGAUGCAGUGCCAGUUCCUCUUAGUAAAUGGAAGGAAACAGUCGACAAAAUUGAUGAGGUUCAAAAUGUCAUAAAGAAUAUGCACUCUGUACGAGCCCUAGUCAAUUUUAAUUUUGCUCAUUUUAUGGUUUUCUUAAAGCGCUGUCAUGCUUUGAGAAGACUGGUUAUAACUGGUCAUCAUUCAAGGAGAUUCUGUGUAUCUGCUAGCAGUCAUUCUGAAAAUCAAGAUAAAUGGAACUUUAGACUUCCGUAUCUUGAGAAGCUUGUUGUGGAUCUAGAAGAUGUUAUGUUUCCCAUUCCAUAUCUUGGGGGUAUUCUCUCUGGAGCCAAGAGUGAUGAGAAUGAUGAAAAAGGUGGAGAUGAUAAACAGAAGAAACCUGUGGACUGGAAGAUUUGUUGGAUCAACAAUCGAUACCCAGCAGCAAAUAUGGAACUUAUAAGUGGUGAAAUUUUUUCCAAGUGUUCCAGAUUGUAUUUAGGACUAACAUUAGAUUCAUUUGAAAAGAUCAAAAGCCUUGGGGUUCUUCCUAACAUCAGAGAAUUAAUGGUUGUAGGAGCUGCUGCUGUUACAAUUAAUUUAACAAGCAUUGUAACUUCUUGCCCAAAUCUUCAGAGUUUGAAUGUUCUUUUUGGACUCAACAUAGCUCUUGAUAUUACUAAGGUUUUUGAGAAAUUACCUGAUAUUGAGAAACUAAGCCUGCACUGUCAGCCAUUGCAAGGACCACCCAAAAUUGCAUCAGGCAUUGCACAAUUUCAUAAUUUAACCCAUUUGUCAGUACCUGUUUGCGCACUGAUCGAGAUACGUAGUAAAGAAAAGAGACAAGUUUUUGAGGAGGAAGUUGAUUACACUGACUGCAUUAGUUUUAAGCGGAGACGAGUAGGCUCGAGGGAAUCUGCCACUGUUGAGUUAGCAGCAUUUAAUGAAGUCUUUGAAAACUGCUCAAAAAUAAAGAUGCUUCAGAUUGGAUUCAAUCAAGAGAUUUCAUGCAGUCCAUUGAAAGUUCAGUGGGAAUGUUUAUCAAACAUGAAGAAGCUUGAAAGUUUAACCAAAUUGACCUUAGACAGCAUUCCUAUCACAAGUGGUGGUUUUCUAAUUGAGAUUGCUAAAGAAUGCACUAAAUUAGAAUUCCUUCGCCUGAAGCGGUUGGGGCCUUCUGGAAAGUGUGUUUAUACAGCCCAGCUAGCAGAGUCUUUACCUUUCUGCAAGAAUUUAGUUCAUCUAAGAGUUGAACAAAACUACUUGGCACCAGGAACAAACAUAUUCAAAGCAUUGGAGGAAUGCCCAAAGCUUCAGAGAUUUGCACUUUUGUCUGAAAAAGAUGUGAUGGCUUUAAAUUUAGAUGCUGUUGAGCAUCUUAUUCAGAACCACUUGAGUCUUAUCUUUGUAUUCAUCCUGGGAGGCAUGUUGACAAGAGACAAGAGCGUAAAACUUAUGAGGAAAUAUAAGAAUUUAGAGUCCCGUCCAGCCCUCAUUGUACGUGUCAAAAAUAUUUUGAGAGAUGUUUUUGAUGAUAAAAUCAAGAUAACCAUUCAAUGCCGGCUUGCCACUUCAAUGAGAUGAUCAUGUUUCGGAGUUGGAUGUAUGAAUUUUAUGAUACUGAUUAAGUGGUCCAAAAAUAAAUAUAUUUUCCUAUUUUU